UUGCACCUUGUCACAGUUUUGCAUGUUGGCUGCAGUCCAGACUGUAGGGUGACACAGACAGAGCCUCCACUCAUUCAGCUUAGAUCAGGGAACUCUCUUACUGUUAGGCUACUUUCCAACCGUCGGGGUAUGAAAAUAGGCAACUAUAGAUAUUAAAACGGCUUUUUCCACCCCUGCACAGUUGCUUCCAGUUGGUGAAAGUGGAAUACAUGGACUAUGCACUGCGAGCGAAGGAUGAUGAAUGUGGAGGUUUGUUUGCUGGCAUGUUUGAUUGUGACUGGUGGCUUGACUUUGGGUGUGGGGCCUAACCAAAACAUGGAAUUUACAUUUCUGUUACCUGCUGGCACCACAGAGUGUUUUUACCAAACCACCGUGAGGAACGACAGUAUGGAAGUUGAAUACCAGGUCAUAGCUGGGUCAGGACUGGAUGUUGGCUUUGCCCUCAUCUCACCCAGUGGAUACCGAUUAGUAUCUGACUUUAGGAGAUCUGAUGGCAUUCACAUGGUGGAUCCCACAGAGGAUGGAGACUACAGGUUGUGUUUUGACAACAGCUUCAGUAAACUGUCAGAGAAGAUGGUGUUCUUUGAGGUGAUCAUCCAUAGUCAGAGCAGCGGAGGUGGAGGGCGAGAUGAGCAAUGGGUGGAUGUGGCCACGCCAGAGAGCAUGGUGGAAUACAAACUGGAGGACAUCUUGGUGAGGAUAGACACUGUGUACUGGCACCUGGAGAGGAGCCGUCAGGUCCUGACUGUGCUGCGGGCCUUUGAGGCCAGGGACCGCUAUCUUCUGGAGGACAACCAGUGGCGGGUGUCCUUCUGGUCCUGCCUCAACCUGCUUGUCAUGCUCACCGUCGCUGCCACUCAAAUCUAUACCCUGCGAGGCCUCUUUGAUGACACCAAGCGGGUCUGCACAUAGCCACAACAAAACUGUUCCAUUAAUUUCCAGCCAAGAGUGCAGCGCCUACUUGAAAGUUUGACCCAAAAUCCUUAACCAACAUGUGCCUUGUGAGCGGAAUUUAGAGGUGUAGUUUACAUUUUUGUGAAACUGAUUCAUCAAGCACUAGGGACUUUUUUUAUUGUAGCCAUAAAGUUAUUGCUUUGAUGUUUUGUGACUUUGUGACAUCAACCUGAAAAUCACAUUUACAGUACUGUACUAUGCACAUACACACAGAUACAUACUGUAUAUACACAACAUAUCACAAAAUACCCACACAUAAAAUACUUAGAGCACUGAUAUUUGUUAAUAAUAUCAUUGGGCAAGUUAGAAACCACAGCUGUUCUCACUGGAAUGUUGUUUUAUUGAAUUUCAGAUACCACAUUCAUGACCCUAAGUUAUGUUUUAUCAAACCCAUAGCCAAAACAAACCAAGAUAAUAUCAGAAACCUCACCUCCUGAGUAUGCACUGUAAAAAAAAACAACUAUGUAGUACUAUUAUACUAAGCCUCAAGCUGUUAAAAAAAAAAACCCACAUCUUUAGUCUUUCCUGUGAUAAAAAAAGACAUGUAUUCACACACAGUCAUAUUGGUUAUCUCCCUGAUCAGUUUCUCCAUCUGGAGGUUAUAAAUAGGCAGAAAACAGUGAAGUCUUUUGGCUGAAACAUUCACUUCCUUUCCAGUC